GGGGCUCUCGCCUGCUAUUAGCAGCGGACCGCCGCCCGAGCUGUACCUUUUAUUUUUAUUUUCCAUCUUUUAGUUUCCGUUUUCUUCCCCGACCACGGACGACUAUCCGUUUUAGUUUUUGAAUUUCGAAAACGCAGUUCGGAUAGCGCCGUUUUUAACCCCUACCAGUUCCCCCAGUUUGCGUCCCAAAAUCCAAGUUCGGAUAGGUUCGAUGUCGCCCAGAAAACCCCUCCGUGAAUUUUCGUGACUUGUUUGAUAUUUAAACAGUUUCAAGAGAAGACGAGGUCGCGACUGGCUCAAUCAUGAAUUCUUCCUAUGUUUCUGGUGAACCGUACGCACUCCCAUAUAAAUUUGAUGCCCGAGACGGUGGUGUGAGUUCAGGUGGAGGAGAUGGUCUUAUGCUUGGCUGGAACGUCCCGCCGGAACACAUGGACAUGGUCCACCCUCAUUGGCGAGCCUUCCCCAACAUACCCGAAAUGUGGCAUCUCAUGCUCGGCGCAAUAUAUUUUAUCCUCAUGAUAGUCUCUACUUUAGGAAAUGGAAUAGUUAUUUACUUAUUUUUCACAACAAAAUCCCUACGAACUCCGUCAAAUUUAUUUAUAUCAAAUCAAGCCGUUUUAGAUUUAUUCAUGAUGUUGAAUAUGCCUCACUUAGUGAUAAAUGCAUUUUACAAACGGAUGACCGGCUGGGAGGACGGCUGUGAUUUAUUCGGCCUCCUUGGGUCCAUCUCUGGUAUCGGAUCCGCCAUGAACAACGCCAUGAUAGCCUACGAUAGGUACAGAACGAUCGCAUUUCCUCUCGACGGUCGUCUGGGAAUGGGAAAAACCGUGAUAAUUGUAGCGUUCGUAUGGCUCUACUCCAUGCCUUUCUCCAUUCUACCUCUUCUUCGAAUCGGCAGCAAAUACGCGCCAGAGGGAUUCUUAACGACGUGCUCCUUCGACUACCUCACCGAAACAGAAGAAGUUCGAUACUUUAUGCUUGCAAUUUUCAUCUGGUCGUAUGUCAUGCCGAUGAUGUGCAUCAUAGUAUUCUACUCACAACUGCUAGGCCAUGUUCGGCAGCACGAAAAAAUGCUUCGCGAUCAGGCGAAAAAAAUGAACGUGAAAUCUUUGCAAAGUAAUCAAGACGCGCAACAAAAAUCAGUGGAGAUCCGGAUCGCCAAGGUUGCCAUGACAAUUGUCUUCCUAUUCAUUUGUUCGUGGACGCCUUACGCUAUCGUGGCCUUAGUCGGUGCCUUUGGAGACAGAACUGUCCUAACACCGAUAGCUUCAAUGAUUCCUGCGGUUUCAGCCAAAAUUGUUUCGUGUAUAGACCCUUGGAUUUAUGCCAUUAACCAUCCCAAAUUCAGAGCUGAGAUGCAGAAACAAUUCCCAUGUCUGGCUCCUAAAGACGAUUCGCCAUCAGAGACCGUAUCUGUCGCGACAGAAAACACCAAUGCCAAGGAAGAAAACGCUUGAAGAGACUCCAAAUCAACAAGAUGAAUUUAUAAAACUUCGCACGAAACUGAGGGGACAGGAGAUACAGCGACUUGACAUUUUCACAUCCUGCGUCGCUGACUGGUGUAAAUACUUUGGAAAUAAACAGUGACUCACACUUCCUUCUGAGUAUCUAUUCAUUGUGCCAUCUCGCAGUGCAAGAAAUAAUUUUUCAAUGAAGGGUGCAAAACAUUUGCGGUUUGCGACACGCAGAACCAUACAGGAUGGAAGCUCUUAAGGACUCAGCUAUAUAUGAAAAACGGAAAUAGCGUCUCGAGCUCUUCUACAUAGACGAGGGAUUCAAUAAUCAGUUUGGCUGAUUUACGCGAUCAGCGGGUAGAGUAUUGAAUUAUUAUCGAAUGACCUUGAUCGGUAAAACCCUAUCUUAACGACGUUACUAAUCGAUUAAAGUCGUUCGUUAACGAUUCAAAAAUCCAGGCACAUGUCUCUACUAUUUCUAGCUCAAUUCAGGAGCAACGUAAGAGCCAUUACUUUCCAGAUAUGCAGAUAGGUAACUUUAUGAGAGAGCUGAAAAUAGUAGUUUCCAAAUGUAAUUUCACGGAUCAAUAGACAGAUUAAGAAUCAGAGCACUACAAAGAAUGUCCCCUCAUUAAGAGUUCAUAUAAAAUACAUCGGACAUUUGGAAAUUUCAAAUACUAACAUUGAUUACAUCAGAACUAGUAAAUUCAAAAUUAUCAAUGUUGAAAAAGGAACACUAAAAUCAACGUGGGGUCAAAGUAGCCAUUGAAGACAAACUUUUCGUUGGUUAUGAUAUAUAAAUGAGUUUCACUGCGUUUAUCCUUCCUGUACUGUUAUGCACAACUCUUGCAAAUUGCCAAGAACAAAUUCAGCGCACUGCGAACAUUGAAUGAACAAAUCAGUAUGUUAAAUUGCCCAAUUUGACUGGAGAAGAUCUUGGUUUUUAGCUAACGGGAGGUUUGAACUUCAAAGCGCACUGAAAACUCAAAUGUCUCACUACAAAGUUGGAACUGGAAAUUUCCGAUUCGCUAAUUAUGCGCUCUUUGUCAAAUUUUGAUAAAGAAGCAUAUUAUAGGUAUUGUAUAGCUUGAUUUCUUGGCCUGUUUGGUAGUCCACUACCCACCUCAGUGGUUGAGCAAACGAAAUAGUUUGUCUACGAGGAAAAAUAUUCACACACGUAGAAAAUUUAAUGUUUAAGAGCCAUGACUUAAUUCACUUUACCACCUUAUCUCGCGACUUUUUCGCUCACUUGAAUUUGAAACAUCUGAAAAGUAAUUCCCGCGAUUAGGAUUGACUAAUAAUCGAACCUAUUAUGCUCUUCUCAACGCCAUGUUAUAGAAAUAGUGAAAAUCGAACCUCAAAUUCCUGAAGAAGAGAUGCCAGAUUGUGCUCUAAAGCAAUAACUUUUACUGAACCAUCAUUCGUGAAUUCGAGAAUGAGUCUUCGCAGUAGCAGUGGCCGCCAAGAAAAAUUGGGAUUAAUCCUCAAAGGAUCGUAAAAAAGUAAAUUUGAAAGGAAGAAGAAUAAUAUGUAAACAAUUUUUAAAAAAAUAACCUCCCAAUUUACGAAUUUUAAUACCUUUUUCUCAAAAAUUUUUAUAGGCACGUUAUUUUCUCCAAAUGUUUAACAAGUGUUGUAUCUAUUUUAGUUUUAUUUUGAAAUUCAUAUGAAAAUUGAUUGAAUUUAAUUAGUUUUUUGUCUUUACUUGAUUUUAAUGACGAUUUUUUGCUGAGCGUCUUAUAUGAAAAGGUUAUUAAAAGUUAUUAAAAAAUUAUAUAAAACUCAGAAUUUUUUUACCUGAUUAUGUGUGAGAAGAGGGUAUCUUAAUUCGUAAGUACCCAAAUUUUUUUUAUUUUAUUUAAUUCAUCACUAAGCCAUUGCUAGUAGGACUGGAUCAAAUCUGCAGUUAUAUGGCAUUAUGAAGCAGAAAACUUUUGAAAAACAACGGUUUGUACAGUCAUCAAGUCGAGUCAAGCAACUCAUGUUUUCCUACAGUUCAUAGUUGACGCCGGUUUGGCUGAGGAACCGUAAAGUAAUACAUUUUGGAAAAAGCCACGUAAGGGACUUUUCUGGUCCAUUUUAUCAAUAAAACAUUCGGAGGUUGAUAGCCUUUUGUUUGAAGUGAAGCUCAUAAUUUCAGAGUCGUGGUUUUUUUUUCAAAACCAAUAAGCUGAAAAAUCUCUCGAUGAGCUAUUCGACUCGUAUUUUUACUGUUUUACUUCAACCUCUCGUCCUGCCACGCUAAUCUGAGGAAAAACUAUGAUUGGGAAUUCAGUAAGUAAUUGCAUUUCAGAUUUUUGGGGGUGGUAUCUGGAUUCUCUGCCGCUGAUAUUCACGUAUUCUAAUGAAAUGUUUAAACAUACAUUGUGAGUGACCAUCUUAUACUGGAGAGAAGAAACAAGAGAAAAAAAAUUAUUGAAUGUGUUGCAUCAAACCCUAAUCUCCUCUACUGCUAACAAAUAAAUAAGGAUUUAUUUUCUUAAUGUAAAAGGACUGCAGUAUUAAACAUGUGUUUAUAAUUUAUCAUUUCCAUCAUCAGGCAAGUGUCUGCCGACUGAUACAAUAAAAUGUCGAAAAGUAAA